AUGAAUCCCAGCUACAUGGAUGACACCCUUAUCAUCAUCAAAAUGGGUGAACUGCUGCGGUCUAAUGGACUUGAUGAAAAUUUUGUUCGAACAUUGAAAUCUGCCAUCAAUUCUAUUUCCCCCGUUUCUUUCCAUGAUCUUGAUCGAGGUAUUGAUAAUUUCUUGAUGCAGUACAGGAAUGGUGCUCAUUCAAUUACUGGUAAGAGUCCAGCAGAGCUAUUCAAAUCGAGAUCCUUACGCACGAACCUGGAAUGCAUUGGGACUGUCGACGUAACAUUUUUCAAAGGUAACGAUCUACGUCCAACUAGUGGUGUUGUUAGUGGGAGUAACGGGAAUCGUAUGGUCACGGUUCUUGGCCUCGAACAUCUCUCAAGUCACAGACGGCAUGUUGAUCAGGUCGAAUUCAAUGCUAGAGGCCUCUCGCCCAACAAAGGCAGAGAUGCCCUGGAGGAUGCAAACCUCACAAGCAAGCCCAAAGUACACAGAGUUAUCAAUGCUUAUCUUCGUAAGAGACGACACAGGUGCAGCCAUGAACUCCUCGCCAAAGCCAUAGCCUCUGACCACGGCUAA